AUGUGGGAAAUUAACAGUCUCGACUUAACUAAGAAAAUGAAAGCUCGUAGCCACGGCGAAGACUUGAUCGUGACGCCAUUCGCGCAGGUCCUGGCCAGCUUACGCAGUGUACGGAACAACUUCCUCAGCCUGACCAACGUGCCAGUAGCCAAGUCACGAAGAUCGUCAGGAGCAGCCACCGCUGUAACACCACAACCAAAGAAUUUCAAUCCGGGAGCGAAGAUAUCCCGCCGCUUCGCAGAAGAAAUCUUAUGUGAUCGCGAUACGAUGGACGAAUCGCACGUGUCUAGCCGAUUUGUUGACAAUUUCAUAUCUUUAAAGUCAAACAGCGUGGCAGAUACUAAUGAGACGCGGAGUCGGCCUGCCCUGGAUCCGAUUCAGAGUGCUCACAACCGGUUCCAGGGAAAUAUGAAAAUAGGCCACUAG